UUAACUUAGUAGAUCUUUAAGAUGGCUAUGGUAUUUGUGAGAAGGAGAAGAAGCUCAGGCUAGAUGUUUGUACGAGGAGCAAAAUGUGAGGUGUUCCAGAGCAGAAUAUGAGAUGGAAUGUCUUAAGGAUUACAAACUGUCAAAAUCAGAAAGCAUAGUUUAAUGCUAAACUUUGGGCCCGGGCAAUUUGGGAACUUUUACAGAUUUUGUUUGUGCUAUGAUCAGCAGAUCACCAUUACUUUUUCCUUCAAAGGAGUUCUAUGCAAAAACCUUGAAGGCUAUUAAGGUAGAAGCAAAACUGGAGGCUUUGCUACAGGAACACAAGGAAAGGUAGAACAGUCAUCACGUUACCAUGGAAGAAGCACAGAAGGAUCAAAACAGUCUAGAAACAAUGGAAAAAGAAAUGAGGGAGCACUUGGAAGAGGCAAAGGAAAAUAAAAUUGAAUACACUGAGCAAAAAGAAAAAUCUGGUGUAAGGAGUAAUAUAGAGAAGAAAGAGAAGACCAAGGAAAGAGAUGAAGAUGAUGUCCAUGAUGAGGAUAAGACAGGAAAAGAUGAGAAAAAGAAUAAAGAUAAGGAUAAGAUAGAAAAAGAUGAUGAAAAGAAUAAAGAUAAGGAUGCAGAUGAGGAUGAAAACAAGGACAAAAAGAAAAAAAAGGACAAGAAAAAAGAUGAGGACAAAAGCAAGGAGAAAAAGAAAGACAAGGAAAGUAAAGAUAAUGAUGACAAAAGCAAGGAGAAAGGGAUGGAUGAGGAAAAUGAUAAUGAGAAGAAAGAUAUUAAUGACGAUCAAGGUAUUGAAGAGAUAAAAGAAAAGAACAAGAAGGAAAAGAAGAGUAAAAAAGAGAAAGAGAAAGGGGAGGGAAAGGAUAAAAAGAAGGAUAAAGAUGAAGAGAAUGGAGGACUAAAUAAUGUAGAGAAGAUUAAGAAAAAACUAGUGAAGUUGGAUGCUAAGCUGGCAGAAAUACUUGAAAAGAAAAAACUACUCAUGCAAAGUCUUAAAGAAGCUGAAGAGAUUCAAAGGCCCACUAAAGAAAAAAUUGCCUCUAUUAUUCAUUCCGUGGAGCAUGUUACUGAAACAUUCAAGGAGGUUACGGUAGAAGAUAAGCUCCAACCACUGAAAGACAGCAUUUUGGUUGGUGAAAAUUUGAAACCUAAUUAGACAGUUCUCACUGUAUCUAUUUGGAGUCGAUAUUGUUCUUCAUAGACAUUGCAUUGCAAAUAUACUAAAAGACCCAUGAUCAGCUACGUUAGGUGGAUAAUUCAAGACAUUUUUAUCUCAAAAAGUUAGUAUAUGUUUUAAUUAAAAUUUGAAGCUAGAAGUUACCUUGUCUUUCAAGGAAUCUGGGAAUUUGUUGUAAUGUACAAUGACAAACAAUAGUAUUUGUAGAGACAGGCAUGGAAAAAUGAUGUUAGA